AUGUCCUCGCCCUCUUCAUCAGACUCCGAUUCCGCGGGUGUCGUUGAGGUAAUAUGGAAGUGUGACAAGCCAGUACGCCCAGAUAUGGCAGAACUAGCACUCAAAGCGCAUUGGCUUAAUGCUUUGCAUGGCCAUGAUGGAAAAGCAGACGAGGUCAAGACAGUUGUAAUCCGGUCCGGAUUGCAUAACACCAAAAUGACGAGAACAGGACCAGUACCUGACGACUGGCAUGUCACAACCUCAUGGCCAGACACUGAUCGCACGUUCUCCACAGCACAUGGAUACACAAAAGGUAAGGACAACUAUGAGGUUACCAGCGGGCAUCGCGAAGAACAAAACGAUCCAAGGCUCCCAGAAAUUGGAGAUUUACACACCGGCAAUCUAAUGCUGACUCUUCCCGAUGCUGAGCUGGCGGAGUGUAGCGUUCGGGACAUUUACGCCAAAUUCGACCUGCCGAAGCAGUACCCAAUGGAGAUCUGCAAGAAGGCCAGUGACUUUGACGAACCAAUCCCCGAGAAUGCACCGCCUUACUUGGUUGGCAAGAUGUACUUCAACGACAAGCACGCUCACAAAUUGCGACUCUCGGAUGCAAAGCUGAAAAUUGGCGACUUUGGUGAAUCAUGGCGACCCGAUCAACACGAUAGACAUGAUCUCAACAUUCCAGAGAAGUUUCGCGCUCCUGAAGCCAUGGUUGCGGAGAAGUUGGAUAUGCCCAUUGGGUUUCCUGCAGAUGUGUGGGCUCUAGGCUGCAUUGUGGUGGAGCUCUACGCGCGCAUCGACCUUCUCGAGACGUAUUUUCCUGGGUACGAUGAGGCUUGGGGCGAGAUGGUCCAUCUUCUUGGCGAGCCCCCAAAAGGGUGGAGGGACAUUUGGAAGGCGGCCGCCGACUCCGCUAACAACGAUGACGGCUCAAGCCCCGAAAACCAGAUACCUCCACACAGAGACCCUACCAGUCUUUCGGAGCGGAUUUUGCAGCUCAUAGACAAGGAUAGAGCAGAGAAGCUGGGUGGGAUAUGGGAAGAUGGGGAUGGGAAUGAAAGAGUUCCACCUGGAGAGUUGCAAGAUCUGUUGUCUAUGCUGGAGCAGAUUUUCUGCUGGCUUCCAGAGGACAGACUCAAGGCAGAAGAUCUCAUGGACGGAGAUUGGAUGAAGAAGUGGGGCCUCCCAGCGAUUGCGGCCAUGGAGAAAGCAUACGAAGAAAAGGUGGAAGCCAUGAAGCAGACUUCCGCCAGUUCGGGCUCCGAUUCAGAGAGUAGCACCAUGCACCAUGACAAGAGGGAUCGCCCAACAAACGAGCCAAGGCAUGGAGCCAUUCGUGGACUUUUCAACAGCGCCACCUGGGGUCAGGAGACGGGAGUCUGGUUGUGGCUCAAGAGGGCUCUUGGAAUUUGA